AUAAUCCCAUGCCAGACGGUAACUGUGGCUUUCGGGCCUUAGCUUUUGAGCUGUAUAACACAGAGGAGCGAUACGUCGAUGUCAAGACCAAGAUGCUCGAUCAGUACCUCUCCAACGCCAAUAUGCUUUACCAAUACUAUGACAAGGGUCGUUUACUAAAAGUACUCGAUCCAUAUUCAAGUGAAUGGUUCGUCUCGCCUGAAUGCAGUCAAAUUGCCACUGAUACGUUCGAAACGCCAAUUGUUAUAGAUGGCGCACAAUCGCACAUUUUCUUCCCUUUAACAACCAACCCAGUACACGCCAAGCGCACCCACCCGAUCGUCCUCCAGCUUAUUGGCAACCACUUCAUACUCGUUAUGACCAAAAACGACGCAGCUAUCCAGUGGCCUGAAAUAUUCCCUGAGGGUCGCGGACCACACAAAAGCAUUCGCGA